GUGUCACAAAACGACAAGAAAAUGCGGACGAAAAUCAGACAGUGUAUCACACUACAUUCUCCACCAAGUAUGUUCAUCAGAUGAGGUGUGGACAUAACUGUAAAAUGUCCCCCAACAGUUAUAUCUCAGCACGUCGAGCCUGGUGAGGCUAUAAACGCUAGACCCUAUCAGUAUUCAUGAAGAGUGCACUUACAGACAGACAGUGAGGGUAGUCUAGCAAAAGUAAGAUUCAGCAUGGCCGAGGAGGACAUCGAAAUAACGGGACGGCGCAACAAAGUGAUGGUAGGAAAGUCGAAUGUAUGGGUGGACAACCAAACUGGCGCUGAGGUCAAAGUGGAUCAUCCACCAUUUUCUACACAACCCAACUUGAGGCGGAGAAUCGAAGUCGGCGGAGAGGAAAAUGAAGUGAUGCGUGGCGACGACAGUACCUACGUUAGAAUUAGACGAAACACAGAUAGGAUUUCGCCUGGUGACGUCAGUCAUCAUGGCGUGAAGGUACACGUGACUGAGGAAGGCUCAAGGGGCACGACGAUGAGGGACCAUGGGGCCAUGACGAUGAGGAACCUAGAAGGACCACAGGACACAGAAGAACCAGAGGAUUUGGUCAAAGUUAAAGAAGAUAAUGUACCUAACAUUCAUUUUCGCAAGGAGGUGGAAGGUAAACUCGUUCAGAUUGGACACUGCUGUACCAUCGUAGACAUCCGAAUUGAUGAUCAAGCUAUGGACAGACUGGAAAGGGGCGGGGAACUUGUAGGAAAGCUCAGCGAUGGGAAAAGUAUCUCAUUCAAUUGGGAUUUCGAGGGUUCCGAAAUGAGGAUCAAGAGAAACAUUCACUUUAAAGUUUCGGAGGCUAUUGACAAUUUUACGAGCUUUUACUUGCGAGUUUUAAGGAGGACGAUUUUCGUUAUUCGCGAAAAUUGUUACAGGACAUCUUUGAGAAGUACAAAGUUUACAUGAAACGGAUAUUCUUCGGCUCUAUCGUGAUUGAGGUCGCCCAUGCUAGCCAACAGUCAGUACAGGACAUGGAGAGCAGGCCAGGCCAACUUAUCAACAUGUUUAAAGACUUUGUGUUCCUGAUUACUAAGCGUAAGGUGGAAGUAGAGGUGUCCUUUGAGAGCGUUCCAACAUCUGAGCCAAUACCACGGCCCAGAUACGGCCAACCGUCGACAACAGAAGCACCAAGAACACAAGCACAAGAGGACGACGAGCUGUACUGUUUGUCAGAUGAGGAUAAGCACGGAACAUUGAAUGCGAAGGAGGCAGAUCAAUCUGUACAAGCGACUCAGAUCAAGUCAAUUUUAGGUACAGUAAAAAGAAUACAAAAGCAGGUCCAUGAGGUUUGUAAAGAAGGAGCUCCUUCCCCCGCUAAGGUUGAUACAGCGCUGUCUUGUAAUCCAACGUCAGGAGACUCGGACAAGUGUUUACCUCCUGUUCUGGACAUUUCUGGUCCUGUCAGCGUUCAGCCUGGCAACACGGCGGCCAUAGCAGCAUACGCUCAAGAGGAACGCCAUGGAAACGUUUUUGUACAAACUAGACAAAGAACUGAAUCCUCCAAAGCAUCGAUGGCACACACUGGAGCUCAACAAGAAGGUACUUUAUCAGUUCCUGGAUGUGAAGUUCAUCCAGGAGCAACACGCCAUCAAUCGGACCUUGACACUCAUCCUACAGGAGGUUCCAAUCCUCAUCUCUCAACAGAAACUAAACAAGAAUCUGCAACACACUCUGUCACGUCUACAGGUGGUGCAAAGCCAAAAGUUAAAGGGGCGUCAACAGACAAACUGAUGGCAUUAGCAAGAUCAGCGCUAAGAAACUACUCUGAAGUAGACUUAAAGAAGAUAGAGAAGUCAGCACAGUCAGCCCUUGAAGAUGAUUUGUCCCCUCGAGCUCAGUCUCUGGACACCAUCCUCUGUCUUGACUGCUCCCAGAGUAUGGCUGGUGAAGCCUUCUGUCAGAUGAAGGACAUCGCAGAAAAAUUCAUCGAUGGUGUUGAGAUGGUCGCUGAGAAUCAUAAUGUGGAAGAGAACGUGGCUGUGGUCACUGUGUCCGGCCGAGCAAGGGUGGUCCAGCAGCUUACUAACGACUACUCUAAAGUCAGAGAUGCUCUUGAGACAUUAAGAAAACCAGAAGGAAGGUCACCACUUUUUGAGAUGUUGAUCGUCGCUUUGGCAGCAAUCCAAGGGAAAGGUGGCGUGCUAAGGGUGCAUAAACACCGAAUCCGACCCAGGAUUGUUGUCAUCACAGAUGGAAAGUUGACGGACGAAAAACAAGAUAGCGGCCCCGAUAUACAGUCAGACAGCGCUAAAGUUCCUAUUAUCCGUCUAAUAACAGAACUAGGAUCCAAGAAACACAAGACCAAACCCUCUCCCAUUGUUUGGAUGCCAGUCGGAGACGCUGACAGAGAUUUGCUGAAGUCUCUAGCAAAACUUGGUAACGGGCAAGUAGCAGAGGAGAAGGACCUACAGAAGCUGAUCCGUUACUAUAAAAUACAGGACAGUAUCGGCAAGAUCUAUGCUUGUGUCCGCAGCAACAUUGACGACUAUCCGGAUGUCCAGCAGGCCAUUAAGGAUGUAGCGCAGGGCAUUGCAGGGGAGGUCGAUCCAAGUGACAUUGAUGAGAUCGUAGCCGCUGUGCGUGACAAGAUCGCCAGUGAGGAGGGAGACACGAAGCCUGACGACUUUGACAACGUGUACGAGAACCCUGAGCUUGCACCACUUGGAAGCAGAGUAAUCAGAACCAAAGACUGGCGGGGGGAGGAUCAGCGCUCGCAGGAUGUGGGCACCAUCAUCAACCACGAUGAGAACGAAAACUGGGUGUGGGUCCUCUGGGACAGUGGCGACACCAAUCGGCAGCGCUACGAUAUAAAUGGUGUCUUUGACGUCGUUCUAGAUGACGGACGUCCUCGCGUCCCGGAGUCUGAACAGUUCCCCCAACUUGGGGUCAGAGUUAAACGAGGUCACUGCUGGGAGUCCAAGAACAAUGACGGCGGAGAGGGUAACACUGGCGUCGUCAUCAGAACAAGGGGUGAUCAGGAAGUGAAGGUACGGUGGAGUAACGGCAACAUCAAAACCCACAAGUUUGGACUGGAUGGAGUCUACGAGCUGGAGAUAUGCGAGCCGCUCGUCCACAAGAAACAUACAGGUGGAGAGUUGAGGUUCCCUGGACGACCCCAAGAUACAGGGUCGGGAAGUCCAGGCCUGGAAGAGGAGGAGGACUCCCGUCCGACCGUGUGGAGAUGGCAUGACGGAUAUCAAUGGAGGCUGUACCAGGACGACAUGCAGGUUAAGAUUCACCAAGAGUACAACCGGAAAAAGGACGGGACGUGUUUGGUGAAGAAACGGGAUGGAAGCUACCGGAUAUACUUCAAGUCGAUGCAAGAAAAGUCUUUAGAAGAAAACAUACGCCAUGACGUACAAAGACUCCAUGUAGACUACGGGGAACUUGCAAAUCUUAAAGCAGCGGAAUCGCUCCAGGACUAACACAAUCAUCCCACACCUGGCACCAGGUCUGCGGAAAGGCCGAAACUGAAACUAAAGAAACACCGCAGUUUAGUUAAUGUUUACCCGUCAUUGAGUGAGAGAGUGAGUGAGUGAGUGAGUGAGUUUGGUUUUACGCUGAUUUUAGCAAGAUUCCAGCAAUAUCACCUCGUGUGUGUGUGUGUGUGUGUGUUUGUGUUUGGGAGAACACCAGAAAUAGGCUUCACACAUUGUACUCAUGUGGGGAUACGAACCUGGGUCUUCGGCGAACGCUUUAACCACUAAGCUAACCCACCGCCCUUACCCCUCAUUGAGAGGGAGAGCUGGCUUCAGUAAGAUUAAUAUGGGAGGAGUUAUACAGAUGUUUACUACGUGCACAGCGGCGAAACCCACGGCCAGGGGAAGGGUUCUGAUAAAGAGAAUACACAAAAUGGCUGGACGAGAUUCAACCCACGUUCAUAUUUUUCUGGUCUAGCAAACUGUCACGCCUAAGACAACCGGUAAAUGUAAUAGAAUCAGAUGAGAGGGCUACAGUGGUGAGCAACUACCGACGUAACAGCAGCAACAACAAAACUUUACAAUAUUUAAAAAAUGAAAAAUAAAACCCCAGAAAAUGGCAAAUGGCCUAUAAGCUUGGCUCUCCAUAGUAAACCAGCCUCCAGUGGUUGGAGUACAGCAUAGUGUGUCUGAAAGGCCAGUACCCCAUGUCUGUGGCAGUGGUCGAUGAAAAUGAUGAUGAUGAUGAUGAUGGUGGUGGUGGUUGUCCGUGGGGUUUUGUACACCAACGGCAUAGAUGUUUGCUGAUGCUAUCAAACUAGUUUGUCUGGUUUGGGACACAUGACGUAUCGGCUGUUAUAGGUUCACACACAGGUGCUGUCUCCUCUCUUCUUCACAUCCCAUCUGGCAAGUCGAAAUCAAAGUGGGAACUUGAUCUGAGUGUUGUUGUUUUCAUAUUGAUUUAACUGAGAGUAAGUAUUGUUAUCAUAAACAUUAUUCAACCCCUUCUGUCAACCCAGAGAACCAAUUAAUGUAAAAUAAAUAUCUGAUCCUAAAGUUCUUGUAUAUGUAUCAGCAAUAUAUAUAUCAUGCCAUACAGACCACAUUGGACCAAAUGUGAGUAGACAACGUGUGUGUGGAUGUCAAUGAAUUUGAUGCCAUGUGUUCAUUUUGCCACUCAUGAGAACAAAUGUAUGAUCUAUGUCCAUUCACUCACACUGUAGAUGAAUGUCAUCAUGUGUUUGACUUUGUGUUUUCAGUUAACGAAUUUUCAAACCGCUGUACCAUUCGUUUUCUAAAGACUGACUGACUGACUGGCUGAGUUUAGUUUUACGCCGCUUUUAGCAAUAUUCCAGCAAUAUCACGGCGAGGGACACCAGAAUUGGGCUUCGCACAUCGUGCCCACGUGGGGAAUCGUAUCCGGGUCUUCGGCGUGACCAGCCAAGGCUUUAACCCCUAGGCUACUCCACCGCCCCGUUUCCAAAAGAAGUUAUUUCAGCGUAUUUUCAUAUCAACACCGAAGGAACUGUCCCAUUCUGUCGCCACAUGUUUUGUUCUGUACAGAACAAUUUAUGUCUAUUUUGCAUGCGUUCACUUAUAAUAAUCUCCUCAUUUUGGUUUGUUCAUAUCUUUCAGUUAAUAAACUUCUGUUCUGUU